GACAGAACCCCCUCUCACGUCCCCAUGGCAGCACACGUGUUACCAGUGUGUGAGUGCGGUGUGAAGCCGGCGCGUUUCAGCCAGACGGUCAUGGAGAUUUUACUGCACGAGGCUCGGAACGGGACGAGCCCUCAGCAGGAGAACCCGCGUGGGAUUACACUCGUACUGCUGCUGCUGUGUCUGGUUCUGCUGCUCGCUGUGUGGAACCGCAACGAGAAGAAGUGCUGCAUUCCAGGUCCCUGGUUUUGUCUGGGUUUGGGUCCCCUGUUGUCCUACCUCAGGUUUAUCUGGAUGGGAAUCGGGACAGCGAGUAAUUACUACAAUGAGAAGUACGGAGACAUGGUGCGAGUGUGGAUCUGUGGGGAGGAGACGCUUGUCCUCAGCAGGCCAUCUGCGGUUUAUCACGUGCUGAAACACUCCCAGUACACGUCCAGGUUCGGGAGUAAAGUCGGGCUGCAGUGUCUCGGGAUGCACGAGCAGGGAAUCAUCUUCAACUCCAACCUCGCCCUCUGGAAGAAAGUGCGCAGCUACUUCGCUAAAGCUCUAACUGGUCCAGGUCUGCAGAGGACGCUAAAAAUCUGCACCACAUCCGCAAACACACACCUGGAUGAUCUGUCUCAGCUGAUGGACGCGCAGGGACAGGUGAAUGUCCUGAACCUGCUGCGCUGCAUUGUGGUGGACAUCUCCAACCGCCUGUUCCUGGAUGUGCCACUGAACGAACAAAACCUGCUGUCCAAAAUCCACAGGUACUUCGACACGUGGCAGACGGUCUUGAUCAAACCGGACAUUUAUUUCAGACUGAAGUGGCUCCACGACAAACACAAGCACGCUGCUCAGGAACUUCACGACGCCUUUGAUGAUCUGAUUGAACAGAAACGAACUGAACUGCAGCAGGCUGAAAAACUCGACAACCUGAACUUCACUGAGGAACUGAUAUUUGCCCAGAGUCACGGUGAGCUGACGGCGGAGAACGUGAGGCAGUGUGUGUUGGAGAUGGUGAUCGCGGCUCCGGACACGCUGUCCAUCAGUGUGUUCUUCAUGCUGCUGCUGCUGAAACAGGACACGGAGGUGGAGAGACGCAUCCUGACUGAGAUACACACUGUGCUGGGUGAAGCUGAGCUGCAGCACUCUCAUCUCCCUCAGCUCCACGUUCUGGAGUGUUUCAUUAAUGAAGCUCUGCGCUUUCACCCUGUGGUGGACUUCAGCAUGCGCCGGGCGCUGGACGAUGAUGUCAUUGAGGGCUACAGGGUACCAAGAGGGACAAACAUCAUCCUGAACGUGGGCCGAAUGCACCGCUCCGAGUUCUUCCCCAAACCCUCAGAGUUCAGCCUCGACAACUUCAACAAACUGGUCCCCAGUCGUUUCUUCCAGCCCUUUGGCUCUGGUCCUCGUUCCUGUGUUGGUAAACACAUCGCCAUGGUGAUGAUGAAGGCCAUCUUGGUGUCGGUGUUGUCUCGUUUCUCCGUGUGUCCUGAGGAAAGCUGCACUGUGGAGAACAUCGCUCACACCAACGACCUCUCACAGCAACCUGUGGAGGACACACUGAGUGUACGCUUCAUCCCGCGAAACACACACACCAGAACCCAAGCGUGAACUCCUCUGUAUUACACGCAGCUGGAACCCUUACAGCUUUCCCUCUGACUGUUAUAAAGCUCUGACACUGGAGACUCCUUCCACUGAUGUAACUGCAAAGCCUCACAAAAAAA